UAUAUAUGUGUAUAUAUAAUACACACACAGUGAAAGUGACUUUUUAUCAUGCCACAAAUUACCGAGCAAUUAUUCUUCAUCCAGAAGCCACAAGAGUAUCAUCAUCUUCCUCGUUAUAAAUACUCCAAAAAAUUUAACACGUCAAUUUUUAAAAAAUGGCUUUACUUGCAAGAACAGCUAAAUCUGAGAUGCAUCUUGCAAAGAGAUCAUACAGUAGCACUGCCCCAGCAGUGAAAAUGUUUAUCAAUGGACAAUUUGUUGAUUCAAAAAGUAAUGAAUUUAUUGAUGUACAUGAUCCAGCAACAAAUAAAGUAAUAUGUCGUACUCCAAAAUCAACAAAAAAUGAGAUGCAAAGUGCUGUUGAUUGUGCAAAAAUAGCAUAUGAAAAAUGGAGACAUACAAGUGUUCUUACUAGACAAACACUUAUGCUAAAAUAUCAAGCACUUAUACGUGAAAAUUCUAAAAUAAUUGCUGAAAAUAUUGUUAAAGAAAAUGGAAAAACAAUGGCAGAUGCUGAGGGUGAUGUUCUUCGUGGUUUACAGGUCGUUGAUUUUUGUACAGCAAUACCAACAUUACAACAGGGUGAAUCAACUCCAAAUGUUGCAACAGAUAUGGAUAUAAUAUCUUAUAAAAUACCACUUGGUGUUACAGCAUCAAUAUGUCCAUUUAAUUUUCCAGCAAUGAUACCAUUAUGGUCAUUUCCAAUAUCAGUUGCAUGUGGUAAUGCAACAAUAUUAAAACCAUCAGAAAGAGUACCAGGUGCAUCAAUGAUCCUUGCUGAAUUAUUUAAUAAAGCUGGUGCACCACCAGGUCUCUUAAAUAUCAUUCAUGGACAACAUGAUGCUGUUGAUUUUAUAUGUGAAAAUCCAGAUAUUAAAGCUGUGUCAUUUGUUGGAUCAGAUCAAGCUGGUAAAUAUAUUUACAAGCAAAGUAGUGCACAUGGUAAACGUGUACAAUGUAAUAUGGCUGCUAAAAAUCAUUGUAUUGUUAUGCCAGAUGCUAAUAAAAAUAAAACAAUAUCACAAAUUGUUGGUGCUGCAUUUGGUGCUGCUGGUCAACGUUGUAUGGCAUUAUCUGUUGCAAUAUUUGUUGGUAAAUCAAAAGAUUGGCUACCAGAAUUGGUUGAUGCUGCUAAAAAAUUAAAAGUCAAUGCUGGUCAUAUAGCUGGUGCUGAUUUAGGUCCAGUUAUAUCAACACAAUCUAAAAUAAGAAUUCAUCAACUUAUUGAAUCUGGUAUUAAUGAAAAUGCUAAAGUUGAUUUAGAUGGACGUAAUAUUAUUGUACCUGGUUAUGAAAAUGGUAAUUUUGUUGGACCAACAAUUAUUUCUGAUGUUAAAUCACAUAUGAAAUGUUAUAAAGAAGAAAUAUUUGGACCAGUUUUAAAUGUUAUGUUUGCUGAUACAAUGGAUGAUGCAAUUAAUAUUAUAAAUAAUAGUCCAUAUGGUAAUGGAACAGCAAUAUUUACAAUUAAUGGUGCAACUGCAAGAACAUUUGUUGAUAGAAUUGAAGCUGGACAAGUUGGUAUUAAUGUACCAAUUCCAGUUCCAUUACCAAUGUUUAGUUUUACUGGUAAUAAAGGAUCAUUCCUUGGUGAUAAUCAUUUCUAUGGAAAAUACGGAAUUAAUUUCCAUACUCAGACUAAAACCAUUACACAGCUUUGGCGUUCAGAUGAUGCAACAGACAUAACAUCAUCAACAGCAAUGCCAACAAUGCAGUAAUAAAAAUUAUCAUUUAAAAAAGGAUAUAUAUAUGUUAAAGAAAUGAGAAAAAUUAGUUUUUAUAAUUAAAUUUAAUAAUCCUCAGGGGAUAAAAUAAUAAUCAACGAAAUUACGUCUUCCAAUUAUAUAUAUUUUUGUAUUACCUAUUUAAAGUAAUAUAUAAAAAAAAUAUACACGACAAACAAGUCUUGUAUAUUGCAUUUAUUUUUUAUUUUGCCUUUAGCAACACCUGGGCUUCUUGAGUGUUAAUGUAAAAGGAUAAAUUUACCAUUAAAAAAAGGGUUUAAUAUAUGUAGGUGUAUUUAAUGUUUAAGGAAUAAAUUUUAACGCAAGCGCAUUUUAA